AUGGCCACUAUCACCGACGUUGCCGAUGUUGAGGGCUGGAUACAGCAUCUGAUACAGUGCAAGCAAUUGCCAGAGGCCGAUAUCAAGAGACUGUGCGAAAAGGCGCGCGAGAUCCUGAUGGAAGAAUCCAACGUCCAGCCUGUUCGCUGCCCAGUCACCGUGUGCGGUGAUAUUCAUGGACAAUUUCACGACUUGAUGGAACUUUUCCGGAUCGGGGGCAACUCGCCCGAUACAAACUACCUCUUCAUGGGAGACUACGUUGAUCGUGGCUACUACUCUGUCGAGACCGUGACGCUACUCGUGGCGCUCAAGGUCCGUUACAAGAACCGUGUUACCAUCUUGCGUGGAAACCAUGAGUCGCGUCAAAUCACACAGGUUUAUGGAUUCUAUGACGAGUGCCUUCGCAAGUACGGUAAUGCCAACGUAUGGAAGGCCUUCACGGAUCUUUUUGAUUACCUUCCCUUGACCGCCUUGAUUGAGGACCAAAUUUUCUGUCUUCAUGGCGGUCUUUCGCCAUCAAUUGAUUCCUUGGACCACAUUCGCUCGUUGGAUCGCAUCCAGGAAGUACCUCAUGAAGGACCCAUGUGCGAUCUGCUUUGGUCUGAUCCCGACGACCGCUGUGGAUGGGGUAUCUCGCCCCGUGGGGCUGGCUACACGUUCGGACAGGAUGUUUCGGAAACCUUCAACCACAACAACGGAUUAACACUGAUUGCCAGAGCCCAUCAGCUGGUUAUGGAGGGCUACAACUGGUGCCAGGAUCGCAAUGUAGUUACAAUCUUCAGCGCUCCAAAUUACUGUUACCGCUGUGGCAACCAGGCAGCCAUCAUGGAGAUUGAUGAGCACCUGAAGUAUACGUUCCUGCAGUUCGACCCUGCUCCUCGCCGUGGCGAGCCCCAUGUCAGCCGCCAUGUUCCUGACUACUUCAUGUAA